AUGGGGAAUUUACACACGUACUGUAUAUAUGUCUGUGUUUCCCAUAUUAGGUUCUGGCAUGGGGAUAAUUUGCCCUUCGAUGGCCCCGGUGGGAUCCUGGCUCAUGCUUUUUUCCCAAGGACACACCGGGAGGGAGACAUUCAUUUUGAUUUUGAUGAGUCCUGGACGGUGGGCAAUGAACUUGGAACUGAUCUCCUACAGGUGGCAGCACAUGAGUUUGGUCAUGUCCUGGGUCUACUGCAUUCUCUGGAGCCUGGAGCCAUAAUGUCACCAUUUUAUAGCUUCUCUUAUCCUCUUCAACUCAGUGAGGAUGACAAGAAAGGCAUUCAAUACCUCUACGGCCCCCGGCCGCAAACCCUGCUUCAAAUCCCUACAGAAACCAAUGAGAUUAUCACCAGUGCACCUGACGCUUGUCACACAGACUUCGAUGCUGUGUCUGUAAUCCGUGGGGAAUUGUUCUUCUUCAAGGCCAGUUAUGCCUGGCGCAUCAGGGAGGGCCGUCUGCAGGCGGGAUACCCUGCCCUGGCCUCUCGACACUGGAGGGGCAUUCCAGAGAAAAUAGGCGCCGCCUAUGAAGACAAAAAGGGCAAUAUCUGGUUCUUUGAAGGUUCCAACUACUGGGUUUUUGAUGCAGAACACAAGAUAAAAGGACCGGACCCUCUCCACACUAUAGGACUUCCUGUCACAGACAUUCAGGCUGCACUGUGCUUAAAGGAGGACCAUGUCCACCGUACGUACUUUUUCAAAUCAGGUAACUACUGGCGUUUGGAUUCCCAGGACACGGCCUUCCAACGCAGCAUCCAGGAGCACUGGAGUGGCAUCCCUGAUGAGAUUGACGCCGCCUUUCAGGAUGCGCAUGGCUUUGUCAUCUUCAUCAGUCGCCGACAGUACUGGAAGUUUGACUCAGUUCAGCGUAAGGUUUUGGAAGGUUACCCACGCAGCGUUGGUGCAGAUUUCUUUGGAUGUAGCAUGCCAUAAGCCCUCAGGAAACUUUUCUGUCUCUUACAACAACUUCUCACACUCUGGUUUAAAGCAUACAAUUUGUAUCUCUAAUUUUUCAUCAUGAGAAACUGUACUAUGUAAUCUAAGUUCUUGUUCCCCAGGCAUUUCACCUCAAAAGUGUCUGAUUAAUCUAAUUUCUUCUCAGGAAAUCUUGCACAUCUGAGCUGAAUGAACCGUGUGCAGCUAUGUCUGUAUUUGUUGUAUUAUCAAGCAACCACUGUGUACAGAGACACAAAUACCCUGUUGUUAAGAUGCUAAACAAGGUGCUAAAACAUUUGUCAGGGAUCUUUGCAGCAGUUGCAAUGUUCUUGACACUCAAGUUUUUAUGAUUCGCUGCAAGUUAUACUGUAACUUAAACUGUGCAGGUUGUAUUGAUUAAUAACACAAGAAAAACCUAUUUUAGAGAUUAGUUCUCUCAUUCAAAAUGUUUUUUUUUCUCCCCAUUUUGCAUAGGGGAAGGAUGUUUUUGAGAUCACACAAACUCUUGACACAUGAUCACUUGUUUAUAAUAUUGAGACUGUAAAAGGCAAACUGACAAUCUUCAGUGCAGGACACUGACAAUGUUUAAAAUCUUUUUUGUUUGUUUUUUUUGUUUUGUGUUUAACAUACUACUAUCAUAUUGGCAUAUUUUUCCUUCACAUCAUCUGUGUGUGUGUGUGUAUAUAUAUUCUUUUCUAUAUUUUCUCUAGUUUUUGUAGUUCUUAUACUAUUUUCUUUGGCUUUUCAUAUUAACUAUGUAAAUACUUUUAUAAAAUGUGUGUUGUAUUUAGGUACAAUUAAAAUCUUCCCUA